AUGUCGCUGCACGGGAAGCGGAAGGAGAUCUACAAAUAUGAGGCGCCCUGGACCGUGUACGCCAUGAACUGGAGCGUCCGGCCGGACAAGCGGUUCCGUCUGGCGCUGGGCAGCUUCGUGGAGGAGUAUAACAACAAGGUGCAGCUUGUUGGUUUGGAUGAAGAGAGCUCAGAAUUCAUUUGCAGGAACACCUUUGAUCACCCCUACCCUACCACAAAGCUCAUGUGGAUCCCGGACACCAAGGGAGUAUAUCCAGACCUCUUGGCAACCAGUGGUGACUAUCUGCGAGUGUGGAGGGUGGGUGAAACAGAGACCCGGCUGGAGUGUUUGCUGAACAAUAACAAGAACUCUGACUUCUGUGCUCCACUAACAUCGUUUGACUGGAAUGAGGUGGAUCCUUACCUUCUAGGUACCUCUAGUAUUGACACAACCUGCACAAUUUGGGGUCUGGAGACAGGACAGGUUCUGGGAAGAGUAAAUCUGGUCUCUGGCCAUGUGAAGACCCAGCUUAUUGCGCAUGACAAAGAGGUGUAUGACAUAGCGUUUAGCCGUGCAGGUGGUGGGAGAGAUAUGUUCGCUUCAGUUGGUGCAGAUGGCUCAGUGAGGAUGUUCGAUCUCCGUCAUCUGGAACACAGCACCAUCAUUUAUGAGGACCCACAGCACCAUCCGUUGCUGCGUCUCUGCUGGAAUAAGCAGGAUCCCAACUAUCUUGCUACAAUGGCCAUGGACGGCAUGGAGGUUGUGAUUCUAGAUGUCAGAGUUCCCUGCACUCCUGUUGCCAGGUUAAACAACCACAGAGCGUGUGUAAAUGGAAUUGCUUGGGCACCUCAUUCUUCCUGCCACAUUUGUACAGCAGCGGAUGACCAUCAGGCUCUCAUCUGGGAUAUCCAGCAAAUGCCUCGUGCCAUUGAGGACCCUAUCUUGGCCUAUACAGCAGAGGGAGAAAUCAACAAUGUACAGUGGGCAUCAACUCAGCCAGACUGGAUAGCUAUCUGCUACAACAACUGCCUGGAGAUUUUGAGAGUGUAACAUAACUGCUUCAUGCCGCAUUGAGGCAGGGCUGUAUAAUUACCCCUCCCCUCUAAAGUAAGAACAACACAAGUCAAGUGGCCAGUAUCUGUUGUUGCUUUGCAUCUACUGUUACAAGAAACUGUUACAAGAAUCAGUGGCAGGUGUCUCCUGUCUCUCCAAGACUCUAAAAUGCAGAGACAUGCUGAGCCUCUUGGACCUUUUGGGUUCUGGUUUUCCUUUUUUUUUCCCCUCCUCCCUCAGUUAAAGUUCUGUAUAUUUGUUUGUUGACUGUAUUAAUAAGCUUGCAGACUUUUAAGUUGCUGCGUAUGUCCAUGUGUUUGUCAGCAGGCUGAGGCAGCACAUCAACUAGUUUAAUAGAUACAGGUGCAAAACAAGGUGGGGGGAAAAAAAGACGUUGACGCUAACAGCCACCUUGGCAGGAAUCUUUAUCAUUCCUGUUGUUGCUGCCUCUAAACUGUUUAAACAUUUGUACGUUUUUUAUAUAUUGGGCUAACUUUCUAUUGAGUAAGGUUUUUCUCCCUAAUUCUUACUUUUGAUAUGUGAUCCACUUCCAUAUGCCCAAAGCAGGAUCUAUUUGUUGAUACCAAUCACAAUAACGCUGCAGGCUCCCUGGCAGUAAAGGCCUGCCAGAAUUAACUGUUGCCUUGGCUCUCUACACCUGGUUACCUGGCCAGAAUUUUCUGGUGCUGUGAAGUACUUGUUGCACAAUUUCUUUACACUUUUCUGAUGCUAGAGGCAGUUGUUACUAUGGUAGGCCUUAUUUUUAAAUUAUAACUGAAUUUGUGUGUAUCCUGCGGUUGUGUUAGCUAGCAGAAUGGUGAUAGGUUUCAGAAAGAAGAUAAGUGCAUGACUUGAGCUCCCAGGAGGUAAACUACUCCUGAAAAAAUGUGAUUUGUAAUGGACUUGGGAUUGACACUUCCAAUCAAAUUAUUUCCCCUCGGAAGACUUACUAUCUAAACCAAAAUAAAAUGGUUUCACACUUUGUAGCUUGCUUGAUUGGCAAAUAAUAUGAGCAAGAUUUUUGUGGUUAGGCUGUACGUUGGAGCUUCUUUGCGUUUGGCCUGUGUUCCUGGAAAUUCUUGAAAGGAGUGCAAAGCAAUCUUUUUCCUGAAGUGUAUUUGCUUUGUACUGUCAGGUCUUGUUGAAUGAGAGAGAUGAGUUGGAAGAGCUGGUCCGCUAUCCGAAUGAAAGCUGUUUCUCUGAAAGAAAUGAUUGCCUAAUGUAAUGUACAACGACGGGUUUAAAAGGAAAGAAACGGUGCCAUAGAGGCUAAGGUUUGGCACUUGUC